AACCCUCACGUACUCAUCAAUAUAAUACUCAAGAAAUCCAGUCUCGUCCAGUUGUCUCCGCUUGAUUCGUUUAGUGUUCCUUGUCGUCUCUCCGGCAAGGUUCCAGUCAGCGGCCGUACAAAAUCCAGACACAUACGGGGGAGCUUCAGUUACUUAUUCGGUUCAACUGAUGGCCCCAACAGUAGGACUUGCACUCGCCAUCGCAUCGCUUGUAUCUUUCGUGGUAGUGCAAUCGUUGCAAAAGAAGAGAGACACUAAGGGGCAUCCCUUACCCCCUGGUCCUCCACCUCUCCCUUUUGUUGGAAAUGUGAUCGGAAUCGAUCCAGAUCAUCCAUGGUUCGCAUACUCAAGAUGGGGAACCGAGUAUGGGGAAAUCGUUUACUCCCGACUCUUUAGUCAGGAUAUCGUGAUCAUCAACUCCGAAAGAGUUGCGCAUGACUUGCUCGACCGUCGUUCACACAACUAUUCCACAAGACCCCCAGGGCUUGUGCAUGUUCUUAAUUUUUUUAGUCAUGACUACUCCACUACCUUUCUACCCUACUCAGACAAGUUGAAACUUCACAGGCGAAUCUUCCAUCAAGCAUUCCAUUUAAAAGCAGUGUCAUCCUUCCGUCCGAUUCAAAUGCGCAAUACUCGCAUUUUGAUGCUAAACCUACUAGCCUCUCCGGAGGUGUAUGGAACCCAUUUUAACACCUUCAGCACGUCUAUCAUCAUGUCAAUCAUGUAUGAUUAUGCUAUAGCGCCCGCUAAUGAUCCCUUCCUUGCGCUUGUUGAUCGCUCACUUGAGAUAGAUAUAAAAUUAUUCAGGCCCGAGGUCGCAGCUGUUGUAACACAGUUCCCCAUAUUGGAAAAACUUCCUCCUUGGCUCCCUGGAGCGAGCUUCGUAAGGGAUGCUAUAUUCCAGAGAACCCUCGUUCCAAUGAUUGUGGACAUGCCCUUUGAACAUGUGAAGAACAACAUGGCUGCGGGGACGGCUGCACCAUCCGUGGUGUCGAAUGCAUUGAGACGUAUACCAGUCAAAACAAAAGAUGAAGGGGAGGCCGCUGUUCUUGAGAAAGGGAUUAAGGAAUCCAGUGCAACUGCUUAUGCUGCCGCCUCAGGAUCUACGAUGUCCGCUUUAUGCGUCUUCCUACUCGCGAUGGUUCUAUAUCCCGAGGUGCAGACACGUGCGCAAGCAGAGAUUGAUUCCGUCAUUGGGGAAACACUCGAAAGAUUGCCCGACUGGGAUGAUCGCGCGUCUAUGCCCUACAUCAAUGCCGUCAUACUGGAGACGCUAAGGUGGUUCCCUGUCGCCCCUCUGGGCGUUGCACAUGCCGCGGUAAAUGAGGACAUCUACGAAGGCUACUAUAUUCCAAAAGGGGCUACUAUAAUACCCAACGCAUGGUUUAUGGCGCGCAAUCCAGAUAAAUUUCCUAACCCAACGAGGUUCAUACCCGAGCGUCACAUGUCAAAAGUCGCCGUCGAAAAGCCUUCAACCGGCCCUGAUGAUAUUUCCUUUGUUUUUGGAUUUGGAAGGCGUGUUUGUGUUGGACGACAUGUCGUCGAUGGUUCUUUAUUCGCCGCAAUUGUGAAUAUUCUAGCUGUUUUCCGGUUGGAUCGUGCGCCAGGAUGGAAUGUCGGGCCUGAUGCUGAAGGAGUGGAAUGGACCGGAGGCCUAACGACGCACCCUGUAUUCCCGUGCAUAUUCACUCCUCGCCACACGAAGGAAAGGGUAUCGCAGUUGAUGAAAAUGCAAUGCUAAGAGUUGUGUGGAUGUGGUUCUGGGGGUGAAAUCAUGUAUUACCAGUGUCGUUGGCCCACGUGUGGAUUGCGACAACUGAGUCAAAUUUGAAGUUCAUCGGAAAUUCAGAAUAACUACCAUGAUGCCAGCAUGCAUCAUGCAUCAAGCUUUACCCUCGCCCGCUGUCAUUGCUCCAACGAACCAUACCUGGGAAUGUGCUUCUGGCAGAUGGAAGCUGGUGUCCACCUAAUGAU